AUGGACCAUCCUGCAGACUUCGUCGUGGAGGUGGCCCGCACCGCAGAGUCCGUCGGCGAGCUCGUCAACUUGCGAGGUGAAAGCGGACGUUCGCUGCUCAAGCGCACUUGUCGUCAUCUGCGGCUCAAGGACUCGGAGCUCGUGGCAGAGGUCCAAGCGAGCGCGGCAAGGCUGGACCUCGCGCUCUUCACUUCCUGGCCUGGACCGAUGACGCUGCUGAAGCAAAGCGUUCCGGUGAUAUGGCUCACGCAGCUUGCCUUGUGGCCAGAGCUGAUGUCCCAAUUCUUGCAGAUGGUUCGCUGCAUCUCGGUUCGCGAAGAUCGGCAGGGGCCGGUGACGGUGCAGCGCCUGCAUGCACAUCCCGACGUGGAGUGCUGGCACGAGGAGCACUGGACACUCUUCGCCAUUGGCGUCAGUGGCCUGGUGCUCUGGUGCUUCGGCAUCCCGCUUGCCUUGUUCCUUCGAAUUUGGGCCCUGAACGAUCGGCAGGAGCCAGAGAACCGCCGCCUUUUCGGCUAUUUCAUCGAAGGCCUCGAGCCUCGGUUCUGGUAUUGGGAGUUGGUGGUAAAGCGGCUCGACAUCGGCCUGAUGUUGCUGAUCGCGUCCACAUCCAUUACUACAGACGACAAGGCAAAACUGUUGCUCUUUGCUUUAAACUCAGGCAUACAACUGGCCAUAACGGCUUGGCUGAAGCCGUAUUCCAACUCGCAAGCAGAGAUUUUGGACUUCUUGGAGUGCCUGCUGCUCGGUGCGCGCUUUGUGCUUUUCACCACGGUGGCGGUGCUACUGAUAUUCUUCCCCCCCGCAGAGAGCAUUUGGGCUUGGUCCGUUUCGUUGCUGGUGAUGCUGGUGUCAGUGAUCCUGUAUGCGGUGCUUCACAUCAUAGGUCAGACCCUGCGCAAUGCUGCUGGCAAGGCGGGCGGCAAGCCCAAGAUGGGCGAGGAGCGGAAGAUCGUGCUUUGUCAUUCGCUGGCCUCCCGAAGCGGAUUCAUGAAUUCCGAUGGCCCAGGCCCCCUCGCGAAGCUGAAGCAGAGCGGUGUGGCCCUCCUGCUGCCCUUGUUCCAGCCGGAUUCACAUCUGGCCUUCGACUGGUCCGUUACCGCCGAGAGUCCCAAUAUCAUCACAAGGAAGAGCCAGAUCCAGGUACCUCGCUACCUGUCGGAUCGCGGCUGGUUGCUGAGAAGGCUGGCGAAGGCUUCCGCGCUCUUGCUGAGGCUUUCCGUGGGAUUUCAAAAGGAGGCGGUGAGCAAGGCCUACCAGGACUUUGUGCAGCUCUGGCUCUCGGAUUUCGAUGGACUGAACAUCCCCAACGUGAGCGUCCUGUGUGCCUUGGCUGUCGCUUGCCGAGCACUGCCCGACAAUCUCGCGAACUCUCUGAUCUGCAGCUUCUGGAAGAGGGAGACCAAGAUGCUCGCAACACAGGCAAACGCUCGAUGGCAGCUCUUCGCCGAUGAUUUUGCCAAGACGGUGCAGAUUUUCGCGAUGCUUCAGAAGGCAGAUGCAGACGACCUCAUGCGGUCGGUGCAAGACAUGCUCAAUGAAGCACGGAGCAACGACCAGAAUGUCGAGGCAGGCAAGCUGCCAUUCCUCACCGACAGCGAAAAUGUGGCAGCCUGA